AUGAAUUUGCCUGAAGGCUGGACUCGCAUCACUCACAACAGCGGCAUGCCUGUCUAUUUACAUCGCAAGUCUCGCGUCGUAUCGCUUUCUAAGCCAUAUUUCAUUGGUACCCAAGGAGUUCGCGAUCACCCAAUACCAGUCACUGGAAUCCCUUGCCUUCAUCAGCGUCGAAUAAUGGAAAGAGACGCAGCACUCGCUGCUGAAGCUGAGCGUCAGAAGAAGAAUGAGAGUGAGGCAUCGGAAACCACACUCGAGAAUGAAAUAAAACAGAAGCUGAUAGCUCCAGCCGUGAAGAUUGAGGUCUGUAAAAAAAGGGAAAGCGGGCAUAUCGAACUUGCUUUUGAAAAGAACGCUAGUCCUAUUUCUGAUGAACACUCUGUCAUUGCCUUCACAAUAUUAUAUGUCUCUUAUCUUUCUAUUUUCAACUUCUCAAUGCUUCUCGUGCUUUCCGAAACUGGCGAAAGUGCUAUAAUGGACACUUUUUGCCUAUCUCGGAUAGGUUCGAUGAGCAAACAGUACCUAUUCUUUGUUGGUGGUGGUGUGGUAGUGUAG